AUGACCUACAUCGAAAUGAAGUCUGCAAUUGCACUUAUUUCCAUUACGGUUCUUACCAUGUGCGACAUUGGUAUAGUUAGCAGUGCUCGUAUAUUGUUAAUUCCAAUGUACUUUAGACAGCACGAUGUUGGUUAUGGUAAAGUUGCCGAUGCCAUAGCUACAAAUGGGCAUGAUGUCACAAUGCUUAUACCAUCGUGUGACAAAACACCGUCUAACAGUAAUUCGUACAAGAUAAAGGCAGUACCAGUGAGUUUGACACCGACUGACGUAGAGAAGAGGGUCUUGGACCUGUUGCAGAGUACCAUCAAUGAAGGGUUCAGUAUCCAUAUGUAUCAAAACCUUUCCAAAUUUUUGGCUGGAAUCUGCGACGACAUAUUCAGUAACCUGUCUGACCUAACAGAAUUCAAUCGCAUCAAUGCGUUUGACCUUUCUAUUGUUGACUCCAAAAACGUAUGUGGGUUACUCUAUGUUGAGUAUUUCAAAUUACCGUUCAUCAGUUACGCGUUUACGACGGCAGAAGAGAAAUACUGGCAUGCACCUCAACCAUUAUCGUACGUACCUGUUACUAUGUCGGCCCUCACAGACAAAAUGACUUUCAUGGAAAGACUAAAAAAUACUGUCAUUUAUUUGGUCUCGAGUUUUUUUGAAGAUCUAUAUAUCGCACACUACAUACAAUUACAGAAUAAAUACGACAUAGUUCCUGAUACGAAGAUUGUGGACAUAAAAUCCAAGGCCAGUCUGUGGUUAUGGGCUUCGGACUUUGCCUUUGAGUUUCCCCGCCCUUUGAUGGCACACGUUAUACCUAUUGGAUCAUUCACGGCAGAGAAAGUUAAACCACUUCCUCGGGAGCUGGAUGAUUGGAUACGUGGAUCAGGUGACCAUGGUAUUGUUGUAUUUUCUAUGGGUUCGCAAAUUAGAGACUUGGGACGUAACUUGACUGUGGACAUAGCCUCCGCCCUAUCACGUUUACCACAAAGAAUUGUAUGGCGACAUGACGGAGAGACACCCAAAACUGUCGGCAGUAAUACCAAGAUCGUCAAAAAAUGGAUACCACAAAAUGAUUUACUUGCCAAUCCCAAUACCCGUCUCUUCGUCACCCAUGGUGGCACCAGUGGUGUGCAUGAAGGCUUAUAUCAUGGUGUGCCCAUGCUAUGUAUACCCAUAUGUUCGGAUCAACAUGAUAAUGCUGCAAAAAUAAAAUCCAAAGGUAUUGGAAAUUACAUAGAUUACAAGAUAAUCACCCCAGAAAUCCUGCAUCAAAUGAUGACCGAUAUAAUCACAGAUAUUAGAUACAAGACGAAAGCUCAGAAGUUAUCCGAUAUUACCCGAGAUAAGCCGAUGACUGCCGAAGAAUCCAUUGUAUACUGGGUAAACUACGUAUUGAAACACGGCACAGAUCAUCUGAUAUCCCAAGUACCCAACCUCUCGUGGUAUCAAUAUUUUUUACUGGACGUAGCCGCGUUCGUGGUAGUUGUUGCCUUGGUAAUGUUUUACGUCAUUAAAAAGAUGGGGUUAUUUCUAUUCGGAUGGUGUUACGAGAAGUCUAAGAAACAAAAAACGAAAACUGCAUAA